AUGGACUAUCGUACCUGUGAUGCAAUGAAGAAGUACAACGCUCUGAGGCACAUGACUGUGCAGAAGGAGGAAAAGAUCGAGGAAUUGAAGAAAACAUAUCACGAAUUAUUCCAAGCCAUCGCUGAUAAUCAAGCAACAACAGCUGGUACAAAUAAAGAAGGAAAAAGACUUCGAGAACUCGAAAAUCGUUUGGAUAAGGCUAACUUGAAGCAUCAAGAGGCAGAGCAUAUACGUCGUACUUACAUGCAGAUCAAAGACAAAUUGCAAGAUGAACAACUAACCUAUGGCCACAGUCUUGAUGCUUUAGAGAAACAAAUUAAGGCAGCUCAAGAUGAGCUAGUGGAAUUACAGGUGAUGUAUAAUGACGCAGUAAUCGCGAGAGACGCUGCACAGAAAGAGUUAAAAUACCAAGAGGAAGUGAUUGCCAACGACAGAAGACGAAGAGAUGCCGAGCUCUCGAGUAUGAAGAGGGUCGCCGAAGGAAAGAAAAGUUCAAGUGAAAAAAAUGUUCAACUGGCAAACAGGGAAUCCAUAACCACCGACGAUGCGCAAGGUGCCAGUGGUAGUGGAAGUGGUUCCAGUAGUGCUGAACGUGGCCCAGCCACAAGAGGUACGGGAAUUAGCGAAGAACAACAACAGAAGAUUGCUCAGUUCGAAGAAAACUUCAAGCAUAUUAAAGAAGUGACCGGACUUUCAGACCUCAACCAAAUUGUUAAACGGUUUGAAAGCCAAGGAGAAACCCUCAUCCACUUACAAGAGCUAAAAGAUAAAGCAGAAAAGCAAUGCCAAACUUUGCGAGAAGAGCGUGAUCGACUUCAACAACAGUUUGAAGAACUUAAAUACUCUGGAGAAACAGAACUGACAAGUAUGAACCAGUUGUUGGAACAGUACAAGAAGGAAGCCGAAGGUGAGGCACAACGUCGCGAAAUGCUGCAUCAAAGUGUCAGUGAUGCCAGCCGUCUACUGGUUCAGUGCAAAGCCGGAGUGGACCACAUACAUGACAAACUGACAUUCCUUAACGCGGGAACGGGCCCAAGCGACAAAUUUUCCGAUCGUUCCGAGGGUCAGUUACCCGAAAUGCUUAGACAGUGUAAUGAUCGACUGGAUGAACUCAUGGCUAGCCUGGACGAUGUAGAUAUACAGGAACAAUUGAAUUUGAUGGAGCAAGAAGAGGUACCACGGGCGAGUUUGAUCACUCCCAGAUUGGAAGAGCGGUCGGGGGCGAUGGUCACCCAUGGGGACAAUUUGUGGCGUUUAGGAAAGCUGAUCGCGCCCGAGCACAGCCUCAAAUUGUUCAAUGCGUUGGGUGGUGUCCAACGCUGCCGCUACGUUAGAGAAGAGACUGAGGAGAAAUCGGCGUGA